UUGCUUUGUUUGCUGCUUUAACUUCAGUAAUGUUGCUGUUUGUUUCUGCUCUGUCAUGUUUCUACAUGUUCACUUCUUAUUUCAGCACAAACUGUGGAUGACUGCUGUUUAAACAUGGAUCAAUAUGAUUAUUAGCUUAUUGAUUGACUGAAAUCAGUCAAUAUUUCUAUGAGAUUAUUGAUGGACUUGAGUCAGUUUGAUGAGCUGCUGAUGUUUCUUUGUUGUUUUGUCUUUCUGACUUUGGCUUUGUGGGUGAGUCUCUGCAGCUCCAUGACUCCAUCUGCUGGACUGAUAGUAGAAGUGCAGCAGCUGAUCUUCUCCAGGAGGAUCUGAGUGGAUGAAUGAUGUUUGUUUCCUGUGCAGGUGAAGGUAGAAAGUGUGUGUGAGCUGCUGUGAGUUGAGCAUCAUGGAUGAGUGUGAGGACAGAGAGGAGGGAGUCCCUCCCUCUAAAAGCUCUCUGUGUGGGGAACAGGAGAACCAGAGCAAAGCUCAGAGGAAUCCACCUGGACCUGGACCUGGACCUGGACCUGGACCUGCAUCCAGCUGUGUGUCCUUCAAGAGUGACUGGUCUAAGGAUUAUCCUAUUGACUUUAAAGGAGAACCAGGUCCUGCUGCAGAGGGAAAUCCACCAGGAUCUGGACCUGGACCUGGACCUGCAUCCAGCUGUGUGUCCUUCAAGAGUGACUGGUCUAAGGUUCUUCCUAUUGAUUUUAAAGGAGAACCAGGUCCUGCUGCAGAGGGAGUGGAGCAGCAGAACUCAGAGGUUCCCAGAGCUCAGUCUGUCCAGCAGCAUCACCUGGACUCCAUAUUCAUGCUGCUGGAGGACAACAUGGUGACUUUUGUGAAGAAGGAGCUGAAGAAGAUGCAGAAGCUUGUGAGUCCAGAUUACCCAGAAUGCUCAGAGAGUCAGAGAGAGGAUGAGGAGGAGUUGGAGGGUGAUGAUGAAGAUGAGAGGAGCAGCAGAGAGAUGUUUGAGCAGAUCACAGUGUUGUUCCUGAGGAGGAUGAAGCAGGAGAAGCUGGCUGACUGUCUGCAGAGCAAACUUGCUGCUGGAGUUUGUGGACGUGAACUUAAAUGUGGUCUGAAGAAGAAGUUCCAGAGAGUGUUUGAGGGCAUCGCUAAAGCAGGACAGAAGACCCUCCUGAAUGAGAUCUACACAGAGCUGUACAUCACAGAGGGAGGGACUGCAGAGGUCAAUGAUGAACAUGAGGUCAGACAGAUUGAAGCAGCAUCCAGGAAAGCAGACAGAGCAGAAAGAAGCAUCAGAGCAGAAGACAUCUUUAGAGGCUCACCUGGAAGAGAUGGACCAAUCAGAACAGUGAUGACAAAGGGAGUGGCUGGCAUCGGGAAAACAGUGUUAACACAGAAGGUGACUCUGGACUGGGCUGAAGACAAAAGCAACCAGGACAUCCACUUCAUGUUUCCAUUGACUUUCAGAGAGCUGAAUGUGGUGAAAGAGAAGAAGUUCAGCUUGAUGGAACUUGUUCAUCACUUCUUCAGUGAAACCAAAGCAGCAGGAAUCUGCAGCUUUGAAUACUUCCAGGUUGUGUUGAUCUUUGAUGGUCUGGAUGAGUGUCGCCUUCCUCUGGACUUCCACAACAACGAGGUCCUGACUGAUGUUAGAGAGUCCACCUCAGUGGAUGUGCUGCUGACAAACCUGAUCAGGGGGAAUCUGCUUCCCUCUGCUCGCCUCUGGAUAACCACACGACCUGCAGCAGCCAAUCAGAUCCCUCCUGACUGUGUGGACAUGGUGACGGAGGUCAGAGGAUUCACCGACCCACAGAAGGAGGAGUACUUCAGGAAGAGAGUCAGAGAUGAGGAGCAGGCCAGCAGCAUCAUCUCCCACAUGAAGAAGUCACGAAGCCUCCACAUCAUGUGCCACAUCCCAGUGUUCUGCUGGAUCACUGCUACAGUUCUGGAGGAGCUGCUAAGAAGCAGAGAGGGAGGAGAUCUGCCCAGAACCCUGACUGAGAUGUUCAUCCACCACCUGGUGGUUCAGGCCAAAGUCAAGAAGGUCAAGUAUGAUGGAGGAGCUGAGACAGAUCCACACUGGAGUCCAGACAGCAGGAGGAUGAUUGAGUCUCUGGGAAAACUGGCUUUUGAUCAGCUGCAGAGAGGAAACCUGAUCUUCUAUGAGUCCGACCUGACAGAGUGUGGCAUCGAUGUGGAAGCAGCCUCAGUGUACUCAGGAGUGUUCACGCAGAUCUUUAAAGAGGAGAGAGGACUGUACCAGGACAAGGUGUUCUGCUUCGUCCAUCUGAGCGUUCAGGAGUUUCUUGCUGCUCUUUAUGUCCAUCUGACCUUCAUCGACUCUGAAAUCAACCUGUUGGAAGAAAAACAACAAACAACCUCCAACAAACCUCAUCCAACAGGUUUCUAUCAGAGAGCUGUGGACGAGGCCUUACAGAGUCCAAACGGACACCUGGACUUGUUCCUGCGCUUCCUCCUGGGUCUGUCACUGCCGACCAAUCAGAAUCUCCUACGAGGCCUGCUGACACAGACAGGAAGUAGCUCACAGACCAAUCAGAAAACAGUGGAGUACAUCAAGAAGAAGAUCAGUGAGAAUGUGUCUGCAGAGAGAAGCAUCAAUCUGUUCCACUGUCUGAAUGAACUGAAGGAUGUUUCUCUGGUGGAGGAGAUCCAACAGUCCCUGAGAUCAGGACGUCUGUCCACAGAUAAACUGUCUCCUGCUCAGUGGUCAGCUCUGGGCUUCAUCUUACUGUCAUCAGGAGAACAUCUGGACGUGUUUGACCUGAAGAAAUACUCUGCUUCAGAGGAGGUUCUUCUGAGGCUGCUGCCAGUGGUCAAAGCCUCCAAGAAAGUUGUACUGAGUGGCUGUAAUCUGUCAGAGAGAAGCUGUGGAGCUCUGUCCUCAGUCCUCAGCUCCCAGUCCUCCAGUGUGACAGAGCUGGACCUGACUAACAACAACCUGCAGGAUUCAGGAGUGGAGAGUCUUUCUGCUGGACUGGAGAGUCCACACUGUAAACUGGAAGCUCUCAGGCUGUCAGGCUGUCUGGUCACAGAGGAAGGCUGUGCUUCUCUGGCCUCAGCUCUGAGCUUGAAGACCUCAAAUCUGAGAGAGCUGGACCUGAGCUACAACCAUCCAGGAGACUCAGGAGAGAAGAUGCUGAGAGCUAAAGUGGAGGAUCCACACUGUAGACUGGAAACUCUCAGGGUGACGCCUGCUGGAGUCCCAUGGUUGACACCAGGUCUGAGGAAGUAUUCCUGUCAGCUCACAGUCGACACAAACACAGUAAACGGAAAACUCAAACUGUCUGACAACAACAGGAAGGUGACACGUGUGGAGGAGGAUCAGAGGUAUCCUGAUCAUCCAGACAGGUUUGACUGGUAUCAUCAGCUGCUGUAUGGAACUGGUCUGACUGGUCGCUGUUACUGGGAGGUGGAGUGGAGAGAAGGGGUUUAUAUAUCAGUGAGUUACAGAGGAAUCAGAAGGAAAGGAUGCAGUAAUGACUGUUGGUUUGGAUAUAAUGAUCAGUCCUGGAGUCUGUACUGCUCUAAUGAUGAUGGUUACUCUGUCAGUCACAAUACAGUCAAACAUUCAUCAGGUCCCUCAGUCUCUCACAGAGUUUCAGUUUAUGUGGACGUUCCUGCUGGAACUCUGUCCUUCUACAGAGUCUCCUCUGACUCUCUGAUCCUCCUCCACACCUUCAACACCACAUUCACUGAACCUCUUUAUCCUGGAUUUGGGUUCUGGUCCAGGUCUGGUUCUUCAGUGUCUCUGUGCUGAGUCUCGUCUCCAGAG